GUGGAGAGCAGCGCCGGGCGAGGCCUCCUCGAGCCCGACCGGGCCGGAGGCGGGGAGGGCCGGUCCUGGGGCUUGUGGACGGAGGACGGCACCCGUGUCGUGCGUCCUUGGGUUUGAAGGACACCAGGCAAAUCUCUGCGAAUCGCAGCUUUUUCCUUGCGUUCCCCCCAGGAUUGCGGGCGUCCGGGUGCGGGGCAGCGGCGGGGCGGCCUGCGCACCCGAUCAGAGGCGCCCGGCCUUCCGACCCCAAAAGUGGGUCUUAUUAUUCGGAAAGCCCUUGUUGUAAUGUGGGGUGGGCUGUUGCCAAACACCUAGCAGUUCCCGAGGGGCCUGCCUGUGGAAAACAAUGAGUAAUCACCACAAGUAUGUUUUUCUGGGUAGAGGCUUGAGCUUGGCAAGGUGGUCACAUUUAAAUAUUUUUAAAUUGCGCAGGAAGCUUUUACACGGUUAAAUUGAACUGUGCGUGGGUGGUGGUUUUUUUUUUUUUUUUUGAUAACACAACUUGAGCUAGUGUUUAAGUGUACUUUUAGAUAUGGACCGUAUGUUUCUUAAAUAUUUGGAACUACGUUGAUGCCCGUUUGUUUUAGGUGACUAAUCCUCAUCAGGUAGUUCUUAGAGAGGAUUUGUUCGGGUGUGACAUACUUUACGAAGUCCUGAGUGUAAAAUGUGAGGGGCUAUUUUCACUGAUGACUGUGCUUUCUCCUAAUCUCAUCCCACAGUGAUGGUUCUUGUCCUCCAGAGCAGGGAUGGAGGAGCUUCCGGCCCAGGAUGCAGCGGAGUCUCUGGACCACCGGUCUGAGUAUCUGUCCCGGGAGCCUCAGUACGCGCAGGACAGCGACAUGGAACAGGGACUGCCUGAGGGAUUUCCAAUUUCCAAGCCUGAUGGGAUCUCCCAGCUGGAGCAAGAUCUUGAGGUCUUUGAUUUGGAAACUAAGAAUAGAGAAGUCUUAACAGAUGACUGCUCAGAUGGAGAGAUCACAGAAGAGAACAAGCUGUUGGUUCCUAAGCAGAACAUUUCGGAAGAAGUACAUUCAUACGAAGUAAGAGUAGGAAGACUCAAACAGGAUGUUGCCCACGUUCCUGAGACUAGAGAAGUUUAUAAAUCUGAGGACAGACUAGAAAGGCUUCAGGAAAUUCUAAGGAAAUUUCUCUUUCUGGAGAGAGAAUUUAGGCAAAUAACAAUCAGCAAGAAAGCCUUCACGAAUGAGAACAAUGAAUACAAUGAUCCCGAAAAAAGCUUCAGUCUGGACUCCACCCUUGACACAGAUCAGAGAGUUCUUAGAAUACAGAAUAUUGAUGAUACUAAAUGUGACAUGAACUUCAACCAGAACUCAGCUGUUGAUAAACAUGAAAAUGUAAAUCAAACACAAAAUUUUCAGAGUAGUGACUAUAAGGAAAGCUUAAUGGAUAUUUCCCACCUAAGUAAGUGGGAGAACAUUCCUACUCCUGAGAAAUCUUAUAAAUGUGAUGAAUGUGGGAAAAUCUUCCAUCAGAGUUCAGCUCUUACUAGACAUCAGAGAAUCCAUACUAGGGAGAAGCCCUACAAGUGUAAAGAAUGUGAAAAAUCUUUUAGUCAGAGCUCAAGUCUUAGUAGACAUAAAAGAAUUCACACUAGAGAAAAACCCUAUAAAUGUGAAGUGUCUGAUAAAUCCUGUGAUGUAUCUGAUAAAUCCUAUACUCAGAGCUCAGAUGUCAUUCAGCAUAAGAAAGUUCACACCAGAGCCAAGUCUUACAAAUGUGGCAGCUGUGAAAGAGUCUUCAGCCGUAGUGUACACCUUACUCAACAUCAGAGAAUUCAUAAGGAGAUGCCCUGUAAAUGUACUGUGUGUGGCAGUGACUUCUGUCAUACUUCAUACCUAAUUGAACAUCAGAGAAUCCAUCAUCAAGAAAAAUCCUAUGAGUAUAAUGAAUCUGGGUUGUCCUAUGUUAAACAUCAAGGAGCUAAUUUCAGAGAAAAGCCGUAUACAUGUAAUGAAUGUGGAAAAGACUUCAGAUUGAAUUCACACCUUAUUCAGCAUCAAAGAAUUCACGCAAGAGAUAAGCCACAUGAAUGUAAUGAAUGUGGAAAAGCUUUCAGUCAGACCUCAUGCCUUAUUGAGCAUCACAAAACGCAUCGGAAGGAGAAGCCGUAUGAAUGUAAUGAUUAUGAAGAAAGUUUUAGUUAUGGUUCAGAUCUUGCCCUGCAACAAGAAGUCCUUAACAGAGAAAAAACCUUGAAUUGUGAUGCUUGGGAAGAGAACAUCAGUCAGAGAUCGCACCUUGUUCAACAUCAAAGAAUUCAUACCAAAGAGAAACCUUAUGAAUGUAAUGAACGUGGGAAGACAUUUAAUCAAGUUCAGGCCUCUUUCAACAUCUGAGAGUUCACCCCUAGGAGAAAUCAUGUACGUACUAAAUGUGGUAAAGCCUUUCCUUAUAACUUAACUCUUAAUUCACACCAAGGGAAUCACAUGAUGAGUGCAAUGACUGUAGAAAAAGGAUUUGUGUUAAAAUUUUAAUUGCUUCUUGCAAGUCCAUAUACCAGCAAGAACAUUUGAAUGUAUUGAGUGGGGUUAAUUCUUCAUACUAUUUUCAUAUCUUGGUCACAAUUGGGAAAUUCAUUCUAGAAUAAAGUUCCAUUACUGAAAUGA